CGCGGGGCGGCUCCGCCAUGGCCGCGGGCCGCUCCCCGCCCACCUUCCUGCUGCUGGGGGCGGCCGGCGGCGGCAAGAGCCUCCUGGUGCGGCGGCUGCGCCAGCUGAGCGCCGAGGAGCCCGCGGAGCUGGGCGAGCCCCCGGCCACGCUGCCCACGGUGGGCACCAACCUGACGGACCUGCGGCUGCCGCGGAGAGUCACCGUGCGGGAGCUGGGCGGCUGCAUGGGCCCCAUCUGGCCCAGCUACUACAGCGAGUGCAGCGCUCUCCUGUUCGUGGUGGACGCCUCCAACCCCACCCAGCUCUCCUCGUCCUGCAUCCAGCUGCUCUCGGUCCUCUCCGCAGCGCCGCUCGCCUCCGUGCCCGUCCUGGUGCUCUUCAACAAGAUUGACCUGCCGUGCUACAUGUCGCUGGUGGAGAUGAAGUCACUGUUCCGCAUGCAGGACAUGGUGUCCUGUGCCACGCAGCCCAUCACCAUGCUGGAGACCAGCGCCCGCGACGGCACCGGGCUGGCCGAGGUGCUGCAGUGGCUCCGGAGCGCCCUCCGAGAGCCCUGCUGACCCCAGCCUGCAGCCCAGGACGCUCCUGUCACACAGGGAAAUGGCCAAGGAGCAGCUGCCCUGCCUGGGGCUGGGAGCAAGAGCCCAGACAGUGCCUUGGGCUGUUGAUGGACUGGAUCCCUGUGGGACUUCACAGUAAAACUCCCACCACACUGUC